AUGAAUACAACAACAGAUUCAAAUACAACGACGACGACGACGACUACUACAACAAAUAGUACAUCACCGACAUCACCAGCUGCAACAAAUAAUCUCCAGGUAGUUGCCAGUAGUUUGAGUGAUGAUACGUUGCAGGUACUAAAGAAUAAGAUCGAUGAGAUUGAAACGACCAAGAAGGAGGAGAAGCAGAUUGUCAAGCAGACCCAGAAGCAAAUGACCUCCCUGAACGACUCCAUUGCCCCAAUGAAGGACAAAGACGAGAAGAUAAAGUAUCUCUUGAACAAGUACCAACAGAUGUUGAUGGAUAAGAAUAGAUCUGAGAAGAAGUUAUCGAAUGCAAGUGAUGCCAUUGACAGACUGAACAAGGAUGUCACAACACUUUCCGCAAUGAAGGCCAGACUUGAGUCAUUGUGUCGUGAGUUGCAAAAGAAGAACAAGGAGCUCACGGAGCAUGGCCAAAGGAUCAUUGCUGAGGAGGACAGGAAGAGGAGAGAGCUCUCUGACAAGUUCCGCGCAACCCUCACCGACGUAUCUGCCAAGCUCGACGAGUUCAACGCUCAGAAUGAGAGACAGACCAAGUACAUCGAUGAACUCCAUGCCAAGAUCAAGUCAUACGAGGACAUCUCGCAACAGAGCAAUUUGAGUCUGACGGCGAUAUUGAGAAAGACCGAGGAGGACUCCAAGCUAAUGGUGUCAAGACUGAACAAUCAGAUCGAGAUGACUAGGGGCGAGACCGAGAAGAACCUGAGGGCGAGGAGCGACAUGGACAGGAUGAUAAUGGAGAACAUUACGUUGAAGGAGAAGCUCAGACUCUACGAAGAGAACAUCGAGCAGUACCAAGACGUCCUGAAAAAGUCCAGCGAUCAGUUCCUCAAGUUCAAGGACGACAUGGAGCGCGUGAAGAACUUCAACAAGCAAGUGGACACUGACAACAAGAACCUCAUCGUCAAGAACAAGGCCGUUAACAAGGCCUUGGCUGAGUUGAAUACAGAGUUCCAGAAGCAGAAGAAGCAGAACACAACCCUACAGAACUUGUUGCAGACAUUGACUAGUGAGAGAACAAACAUGCAGAAUGAACUGAAGAAGUACAGGGAGGGCAGUGCCACUACCACUACCAACACUGCUACUGCUACAACUGAUGACAUGCCUCCAUUGACCAGCGAUAACAACAACAACAACAAUGGUGGUGGAAACAAGGAUAGCAAUGCCAAUACCAACAACAACAAUGCUGUUGCAACUGAAGACAUGACUCCUUUAAUCAGCGAUAACAACCAUGGUGGAAACAACAGAAACAACAGAAACAAGACAUCGCACAAUAAUAACAUGGAGGAAACCACAACAACUGUGUCCACAAGCAAGUUGAGCGAGGUCGACUAA